AUGAAACCAUUCAGCAAAGUCAAUCUUCUUUCAAAUGCAGAAGCACUCGCAAUCAUACAAAAACAUUCAGAAACACACCAAGAUCAUUCAACCUUCUUGGAAAAGGUAGUUGCAUACUCAAACUCAUCAUUGAGCCAAGAUAGUAUAGACAGAGCAAAACAUACUCUUCAACAAAUGAAGUUGACAGCAUUUGAAGCAAUUCAGUUGAUCAAUAUCAUUCCCACAUCAAUUCUCAGUCUUCAACUAAUAAUCGAAGAUAUGGAUGAUAGAUUCAGUGAAGAAGAGCUUGAACAAAUACUAGAUAUCUUCAGGCAUCAAUAG